AUGUUUAUUAACUAUUGUCUUUACCCAACAGUUCAACUUCUACACUUUUGAGCUGAUUCUAGAGGAUUUAUAACCCUGGUAAUUUCUCUUAGCAAAUAUACAGUUAUUAGAUCUUUAAUAAAGAAGUGUCUCAAUUCAGUAGAGAAACAAGAUGUCAGGGAAAGUCAAAAUCGAUAAGCCAUUAUAGAACAAUUAUUUAAUCAUCUCCUAUUGUUGCGCUCUCUUUACAUCUCUGGUGAUCAUUAUUAGCUUAUUAUAACUCUCUGACUAGGUCUUUUCAAAUUCAUUCUUAGGAGUAACCAAAUUAAGGGUCACUAGUCUUCAUUGCCUUAUACAGAAGCUCUCUUAUGUCAUUUUGUAACUUUGGAAUUUUCUAUAUACCUAACUGAAUAAAUUUCUUCAAAGGCAAGUUUUUGUUCACUUUUUUAUGGAUGUUGGUACUCGCAUGUACUAUAUCAACUGAAGUCAUUCCCAUUCAAAACUGUCUAGAUCAGCUUCCAUUAG